GAGCCCCAUAAUAAAGCCUUCUCUUCAGUUUCCAAGUUCCAAAUAAGUUCCCAUAUAAAAUUAGAGAAAGAAAAUUAAAACGUUAAACGCAAAUGGAACAAAAAAUAACACAAACCCAGAUCGAGCACGUUGUAGAAGUACCCAAUGAGUUAGAAAAACCGAAGCCUAAUAACAUCAUCACUACCAACAAGAGGUUGACACGGUCAACAACAAUCUUAACCAGAUCUCAUGCUGGUUACUUUCGGAUAAGUCUCUCUCUAAGCAGCCAAGCCUUGUUAUGGAAAAUCUUACUAGAGCAAAACGACGACGUUCAUUCUUUACAACGAGUAUUAUUCCACAUGGUACCCUCCUCCAGCAGGGUCUUCAUUAUUCUUCUAUGGUCUUCAGCCCUUUUCACGUUACUAUCUCAAUCACUUCUCUACCUCCUCAGAUGUUUUCUUCAUUUCGAAAUUGUCAAAGCCGAGUUCUUACACCAUGUGGGGGUUAACUACCUAUUUGCUCCCUGGAUUUCUUGGCUUCUCUUGCUUCAAUCCUCACCGUUCAUCAAGCCAAAUGAGAAUUUGUAUUACUACUACUACCUAGUGUUUUGGUGGGUGUUGGUAAUCCCAAUAGUAAUACUCGAUAUUAAGAUCUAUGGCCAGUGGUUCACUACCAAAGGGAAGAGGUUUCUAUCAACGGUAGCCAACCCUUCGAGCCAGCUGUCGGUGAUAGGGAACUUGGUGGCGGCUCGAGCCGCGGCGCAAAUGGGGUGGAUUGAGUGCGGUUUGUGCAUGUUUUCGUUAGGCAUGGCUCACUAUUUGGUCCUAUUCGUUACGCUUUAUCAAAGGUUUUGUGGAGAUAACGCUCUCCCGGUGAUGUUGAAGCCGGUGUUUUUCUUGUUCAUUGGUGCUCCUAGCAUGGGAAGCUUGGCUUGGGCCUCCAUUUGUGGAAAGUUUGACUAUACUUCCAAGAUGCUAUUCUUCCUCUCUCUUUUUCUUUUUAUGUCAUUGGUUUCAAGACCGACAUUGUUCAAGAAAUCAAUGAGGAAAUUCAAUGUGGCAUGGUGGGCUUACUCAUUUCCUUUGACUUUGUUGGCCUUAGCAGCGACGGAGUAUGGUGAGGAGGUGAAGAGUGGGAUAUCAGAUGCAUUAAUGCUAGUUUUAUCAGCACUCUCUUCUUUGGUGUGUCUAAUCUUAUUAGUAAUUACAGUCAUCAAGCAAUUGCUUUCCAACAACAUUUUAUUACUCAAUUAACAAGAAUUGCUUCUAUUAUUUCCGUUACUAUAUAUUUGUCCCUACUGUCAAAAAGUAGUUACAGUUAUAAUGUUAGUUUCGUCUCCUUGUUCUUGUUAUUAACUAAUUCACAAAUUAAGACUAAUUAGUUAAUUAAGUCAGUUUAAUUGAUCUUUGGUCACAACCUAUAUAUAGAAUAUAGGCUGGUUUUAUUCUGUUUUUUAUUCAUGUAAUUUCAUUCAUUCAAUUUACUCAAUAAAAUGUUUCUCUCGUCUUCUUUCUAAUCCAUACUAUGGUAUCAGAGCGGGAA